AUGUCGGUGGACUUCGGCGCCCCGGCGGAUGACCCCAAGGUCUUCCGCAACAUCUGCCGCGACCGGAUACUGAAGGACUUGCUCAAGCCUGACAAGGAUACGGAGACCAAAAGCUCAUGGAAGGUUCUUAUAAUGGACAAAUUUACGGUGAAGAUCAUGGCUUAUGCUUGCAAGAUGGCAGAAAUUACUGAUGCAGGGAUUUCACUUGUAGAAGAUCUGUUCAAGAGAAGGGAGCCAAUGCCUUCAAUGGAUGCAAUCUACUUUCUUCAGCCACUGAAAGAAAAUGUCAUAAUGCUUCUGUCUGACAUGUCUGGGAGAUGUCCACUUUACAGGAAGGCAUAUAUCUUCUUCAGCUCACCGAUUCCUAAAGAAUUGGUAACUUACAUAAAGAAUGACAGUAGUGUAAUACCACGCAUCGGUGCACUAAGAGAGAUGAAUUUGGAAUUCUUCGCUAUUGACAUGCAGGGCUUUGUAACUGACCAUGAUACGGCCCUGAAUGAUUUGUAUGGCCCGAGUGAACAAAAUUCUAAAAAGUUCAACGAUACUAUAAGCACGAUGGCUACUCGCAUUGCGACUACAUUUGCAUCAUUGAAGGAAUUUCCAUGUGUACGGUAUCAGGCGCCAAAAGGAGAUGCUUCUACAACAACUAAAUUUGAUAUGGUUCCAAAGUGGCUUGCUACUGCUGUUUGGGAUAUCUUGUCAAAAUAUAAAUCAACUAUUCCUGAAUUUCCCCAGAAGGAGACAUGUGAACUGCUAAUUGUCGACAGGCCCAUAGAUCAGAUAGCACCUGUUAUUCAUGAAUGGACCUAUGAUGCAAUGUGCCAUGAUCUACUCGAAAUGGAUGGCAACAAAUACAUAUAUGAGGUGUCAAAGAUGGAUUCGGAACCCGAAAAGAAGGAAUCUUUAUUAGAGGAUCAUGAUCCUCUUUGGCUUGAACUUCGCCAUGCUCACAUAGCUGAUGCUAGUGAGAGGUUGUAUGAAAAGAUGAAUAAUUUUGUUGCCAAGAAUAAAGCAGCACAACUUUCAAGAGAUGGUGGUGAAGUCUCAACAAGGGAUCUGCAGAAAAUCGUUCAAGCAUUACCGCAAUACAGUGAGCAAGUUGAAAAAUUGACACUACAUAUAGAGAUUGCUGGAAAAAUUAACAGGUGUAUCAAGGAGUACGGGCUCCGUGACAUUGGGCAACUGGAGCAGGAUUUGGUUUUUGGAGAUGCGGGAGCAAAGGAAGUGAUCAGUAUCCUCAGGUCAAAGCAGGAUAUGAGUCCAGAAAACAAAAUGAGGUUGCUGAUUAUAUAUGCAAUCGUAUAUCCAGAGAAGUUUGAAGGUGACAAAGGGGAAAAGUUGAUGCAGCUAGCGAAGCUUCCACAUGAUGAUAUGGAUGUAAUAAACUGUUUAAGAUACUUGGAUGGUUCAAAUACAAAAAAGUCAUCAAGGACUGGUACUUUCUCUCUCAAAUUUGAUGCCCAAAAGAAGAAAAAUGCUGCCAGAACAGACAAACAUGAUGGUGAGGAAACAUGGACUUUAUCACGUUUUUUCCCGCUUAUUGAGGAGCUGAUUGAGAAACUGAGCAAGGGCGAAUUACCUUUAAAAGAGUACCCAUCUAUGAGUGAACCAAGUUCUGCUCCUCAAGGUGCCACACAAACUGCAUCAUCAACUGCACGACCAGCACAAAAUCCACAACCAAUGUCUAUGAGAUCAAGGCGGACACCAACAUGGGCAAAAUCUCGAAAUUCCGAUGAUUCUCAAUCAAGUGAUUCUUCAGUCCUGAGACACGCAUCAGGUGACUUCAAGAGGCUAGGCAACCGGAUUUUUGUCUUCAUGGUUGGUGGAGCUACUAGAUCUGAAUUGCGCACGGUGCACAAGCUUACAAUGAAAAUGAAGCGUGAAAUCGUCUUGGGCUCUUCUAGCAUCGAUGAUCCUCCACAAUUUAUUUCGGUAAAAACUCAAUUUCUCUUCAAGGUUCUACUAUUUUCAUUUUCAUCAAAUCUUUCCACUGGACUGCUGAAAUUCAGCCUGCUAUGUUCAUGCAACGACUCUGCAAGUGCAGAAGCUGAAGUCGAUAGGUAG